AUGCGCGUCAUAGCGUACACGUUGCACGAGAAGACGACGUCUGAACAGAGGGAAAGCAAGACUUUCACGCCCAAGCAUACGGGAGACCCCCUUGGCGAAAUCCCUGAGGAGUGGCAUUCGGGCGAACUAGAGGAUUUCUUGUCGCUUCCCAUCGAUGUCCUUGUAAUCUCGCUGCCAUCGACUGACAGGACGCGCCGUUCCCUCGGCAAGGCACAAUUCGCGAAGCUCAAAGGAUGUUAUGUUAUCAAUCUUGCCCGUGGGGACAUCAUCAAGACCGAUGACCUAGUAGAAGCGCUGAAUAACAACACGCUGCGCGGCGCUGCGCUCGACGUGACAGACCCGGAGCCCCUGCCGGAUGGACAUCCAUUGUGGACUGCUAAGAACGCGAUUGUCACUCCACACAUCUCGGGCGUGUCAGAUGAGUAUAUGCCUCGCACGAUAGAUAUUCUUAACGAGAACGUGGAGCGAUUACACGAGCAAAAAGAGCUACUGAAUCUCGUUCAAAUAUCGGAUGGGUACUAA